CGUCAUCUUGCUUACGCCGCAUUCCGCCCUGUUUGGCAAGAAAAUGGCUUCAAUGCAUGGUCGUGAAUUAUUAUUUCUUUGUUGCCAAUCCGAUCCACGUCGCUCCGACGACGGGCAGCUGAAUGCCGAGGCACGUGCUCAUGUUUCGCGGCAAGCUAGGCUCAAGGCAACACGGCGGCCAAGAGACCUCAAGUUCAUAUCUUACUCUCCCGAAACAAUUCACAGCCGCAAAGGGUCUGGACCGACCAAAGAACCUAUCGAGGCCCAGGACGGGACUGCCAGCAACGACCAGCCCUUGGUCAUUGAACCCCACCGUGGUCAUGCCGCUUUUCCGCCAAGCCAACGCAUCCCACCAAGCCCAGCCGCGGCUGGCGCCAUGGAUCCAUUCGACUCUCUCGCUGUUCCAGAACCGACACGGGAUGAACAAUUCCUGCUUCAUUACACAUUUAGCAGGACGCUACCGGCGUUUGGAGAGUCAGAUCUUGACAAGCAUUGUAUAGCGCGGUCAUGGAUUUCGCAAACCAUGGAAUCCCCCGUGGUAUUCUAUACUCAGAUAUUAGGCUCAUCUACCCAUUACCUGAUUUCCUCCCCAGCCGCCGACACGCAGAAUCGUAUCAUCGCAUUGGGACUACGAAGGAAGAUCCAGGCCAUCCAGGCACUGCGGACUAAAAUAGAGCAGUACCAACCUGGUUCUUCCGAGGUCGACCACGGCCUAUUUCUCGCCAUCUUCAUCCUCGCCAUUCACGGGAGUUUCGACCGCUCGGAUCGGCCGGAGCCACACCCGUUGUCGCCCUUAGCUACCCACCGCGAUAUGAAUGUCUACGGCCGAAUGGCUUUUGGUGAGGAACACAUUAAUGCACUCUACUAUCUGAUCGAGCAGAAAGGCGGAUUAUCAUGUCUCGAUCAGCACACCUUCGGAUAUGUUCUACCUCUCUUUGAUAUAGUUCACAGCUGUCGGACAGGGUCCCCGCCUAGGUUCUCAUGUCCGCGUCAGCUGGAAUCAAUGCUCCACGGAGGUCUAUGGAAGCCUGACCCAGAAGCGAUCCAAAUGCUCACAACCCUGGGCGAGUGUUUCCGUCCAGGCUCAGAUGGAUCAUGGCCCGUCUAUCUUGACCGCAAGAUGGUCAAGCCCCUCCAAGUGAUGGCCGACAUCACCGUAGCCCUCGACCAUUACUGCCGCGGCGGACAAGGAGCUCCGGCAUCGCUUAACGUACUGCUCAACAACUGCGACUGGGUGGCCCAUACCAUUCUUUCAAUAGCUCCGUACACACGACUAGCUGCGUCCGGAGAUAGCCCAGACCAGGGCUCAAACGCCAGCAUCACUACGUCCCUUUAUGAGAUUUGCCGACUAUGUGCCCUUCUUUACGUGGACAUGGUCAUUCUUCCGACACCACCGCACACAGGAAUCAAACUUCGUCACUCGAAGAGAAUGUUACGUUUGAUAGAGAAUAUACAGCAGGAACAUCCCACCGAGGACCCUCUCGUCACCGAUUUUUUGACUUGGGCCACAGUCUUGGGCGCCAUCUCUGCGAAAUUCACCAGGCUUCAGGUUCCGUAUCUCAAUCACAUCGAAACGAUUGCACGGAACACAGACUGGGAUACGAUCCAUCCGCGGCUGAGAAGAUGCUUGUGGUUUGGCCCGGUUUGCGACGGUCCAGCUUCCACACUUUGGUUUGAAGCUAGGCAAUGGACAGAUCGGGUUGCUCCCAAACCAAACCUAGGAAGCGACCGCCGGGCUGUUUCACGAUAUGAUAAAACCAUUUAAGCGGAAGAGCUCGGCGUCCCUCGCUGUUACCAGGUAAGACCGCGGGAUAUGAAUGAUGCAAAUUGAUAGGGUGCUCGACAGCCAUUCUACAUGGAUAGACCGACCUCAAACGCAGCAACAACAACCUUGGCACCAAGGGUCUACUUAUUCACCUGAAUAUUUCUGGAUUCUGGUUGCCCUUAUCGCUUAGUCUCGUAUAGAGUGAUUUCUUCUACCUCCUACUUAGUAACCAAUCGCU